AUGAAGAAUGAGAAGAAGAAGCCCAAAUCCGAUACGCAUGCUGCGUUUACAGUUAGCGAGUCGUCCAACAAGCGCGAGGUGAGUUGGAUUUUUGAUUCUGGGGCUACCUCGCACAUGUGCAACGGUGAAGUCGCAUUGGACGGUGCGAAAGAUGUUCAGCAGCAAAGUAGCGUGGCGAAUAAUGCUGUUUCGAAGGUAGAAGCUGUUGGUAACGUGAAGCUCAAAGCGGAUAUCGGGGAUGGCACGUGCAAUGUUUCUUUGUCCAAAGUGCAGAGCAUCCCUGAUCUGGCGAUCAAUUUGAUAUCCGUGAGUAAAAUUUGCAGCAACGAUUACACAGUGACGUUCUCGAAGGAUGCAUGUGAGGUGCGAUCGGCUUCCAACGAGCUGGUGGCCAUUGGACGAGCGAGUGGCGGUCUCUACAAAUUGUGUGUAGCCGACGAACAAGUUACGUGCACGGCCAAGGAAGAAUUCGAUAUGGAAUUGUGGCACCGUCGAAGAGAGCAAACCGUACGAUAG